CAAAUAUCUUCAUGAUUCAUCGUCUGCACUACAUGUCGUAAUCAGCGCAUUAUUGCAAGUUCCGUCGUCAAUAUAAAGUUGAUAUUAGUGCAGUGAAUGACGCAGCGUUUUUGCAUAAUAUCAUUUCCGAGUUUACUGACGUACCGCUACCACCGCUACAUCGAAUCUGAAACAAAAACAAGCAAGUACAACAACCCGAAACAAGAUUUGAGCUACGGAGGAAACCGAUCUCAGUCCUCGCUGGGCUGUGGGCUGUACCUUGAUAUUUUAUAUCACGUAUUGCAACUACAUAUCGGCGUCGAGCCACUAUGACUUAUGCGGCAGCACCUUAUCUUUCUUAAUCAUGGCUUCAUACGACAAUUUCGACGUGGUUACUCCAACAUUCCUGUCACAUUGAUGUCGUUUGUCGCCGUCCGUUCAGGAUGUCUGCUGAAGAGCUCGACUAUAACCCGUAUUUCAAUGCACUGCAGACUACAUUCAAGUCGAAAUAUGAUGAGGCGCAAGAAAAACGUUGGCUGGUCUGCAUCCCAUGCACUGCAUCACUGCAAGGAGUAAAGAUAACUGGGAAGUUCGUAGAUGCCCAUAUCUUGAAGCCAUCACCACUGUUCAGGAGCCACUAUGUCUGUGCAUACGGCGACCUCAACAGAACCCUCGAGUUUGAUGGUGAAAAUUUCAGAGCUGUUUCAGGCUUUGGAAGUCCUUUCACUGCAAAAGUACUUUCGGAAGAAGGAGCAUAUAACAAGUCAUUUGAGCCUUACAAGCUGUUGACGAUCAGUCGGCCUCUAACAGGAGACUCACCUUCCAGCGAUUCACAGGUCAUGUCAGCUUGCGGAGGCGGUGAGAGCGACUACCUCUGGACUUACAAAGAGUGUUGCGCUUUCCUAAAAAGCUUUCCUUGCCAUGGUCAAGUACUCGAUGAGCUUGACAGAAAGUUAUCCAGUUUCUGCAGCACUUACAUGGUACUGCCUGCUUAUCUCCACGACACCUCCGAGAAGCUUAAGAAGAUGAUAUCAUCCACUGUUAAGCAACUUAAACGCAUGCAUGUAGAGCCCCCUGACAGCAAGACUUGUGAACAAAUUGGUGCAGCUACAGAAAGUUAUGUUCUUCAAGCGGCGCAUCAAAAAGUAUUUAACGCAGUGAAGCAGCUGUGCAAGGACGAGGAUACGUUGAUUGCAGAGCGGCUCCGCAGAAUCAACGGGCUCCUCCCUGACCAGCUCGGUGUGGCAGACGCGUUCUGCUGCCCUCUUCCCAGAGCGGUCGUAGAGCUGGCAUCAUUAGAUGCAAAGACAACACCUUUGGAAAAGCUGUGGUGUUUGAAAAGCACUUUGAAAAUAAUGUCGGAAGAAAUAUACGAGUCGCCGUCGUACAAGUGUGCCCGUCUCAAGAGCCCCAAUGUUGAGCUGCACUUGACAUCGGAUGACCUCAUCCCAAUAUUGGUCUGCCUCAUUGUGAAGGCAAGACUCAACUCACUUGCAAGCAACCUCUACUACAUACAGAACUUCAAUUACCAUGUGCCUGACAAGGACGUGCUUGGGUACACCCUUGUGACAUUCCAGGCUGCAAAGGAGUUCAUCAGGACAGAGGUUGUGAAUCAGCUGCAACCAUCAGACACAAAGAUAAAGGCAGAGAUUUCGCCAACAGAGUUAAUGGAGGUGACCGCUAAGCUGCAUAUCUCCGAGAAGCGUGCCGAAUCGCCUUCCAAGUCUCGCCCCAUCGACAGGCAUCUACAGCAAGUCACCAAACUCAUAGAGGCCUCUACGCAAGAAUUCCAACAGCAAGAAGUAGAAGAUCUGCAGAAUUUGUUCAAGGCAGCAGAAGAAGUCAACAGAGUUGCUGUUGGAGAUUUCGUCAUGGGGCUGCAGGAUCCACUCGGAGUCAGCUACGGAAAAUUAGAAAGCCCAAAGUGAUUUUUUCCAACUCAAUUGACUGCUGGUGCAAUGAAUCCCAAUCAGUUCCAAUGUGUCAACUAUUAUAGAAUUAUUUCGAGCGUUUACUAUUUUCAACAAUUUUUUAAAUUUUUUUCAAGAUAUAUCCUUAUACUCUGCACUUUUUUUUUCUUUUAAAUACUGUAUCAAAUUUUACAAGUACUAUGUACUUUACUCUUCGGUGAUUUACACCAUGUGCUUGCUCAGUUUUUUUUUUAUUGAUUGUUAAUGGCAAAUGAAAAUGAGACAUGUUUAUGAAUAGCAACUACUUUUUGUUCAUGGUGGAGCCGGAAAUAUUUUUAUUGAAUGCUUGAGAAAAAUGAAAAAAAUGUUUGCAUUACUGUU